CGACCGUCUAAAGUCGAAACGGAUAGUCGAGAUCGCACGAUUUUGUGAACAGUCUGUUUGCAGUGGCUCCGUGAAUAUCAGUUUAUCUCUUUCCUUAUACACAGAGUACUACUAUACGGAAAAAAAAAUGUUACAAUGUGUACGCCUUUUACCUCUAUAAAUACCUAACCUAUGUGCUUCUCUUAGGCAAACUUUCUAAGCAAUGGAAUCACCAAAGGCAUUGGGCUUAGGUAGUUCACUGAUGAGUGUUCAGGAGCUUGCCAAAGAGCCCAUGCUUGCCAUCCCACAGCCCUACAUCCGUUCUGAAGAAGAAGAACCUUCAAUUCCUUCCCAUGGAUCUGAUUCCCUGCAAACAAUACCUGUUAUCGAUAUGAAUCGAUUAGUAUUCGGCCAAACAGAUCUUGAACUAGAGAAUUUGCACUUUGCAUGCAAAGAAUGGGGCUUCUUCCAGUUGGUGAACCAUGGAGUUGAAUCUUCAGUGGUGGAGAAACUGAGAAAUGAAAUUCAAGAAUUCUACAAGCUCCCUUUGGAAGAGAAAAUGAUAUACAAGUGUAAGGAAGGUGAUGCUGAAGGGUAUGGACAAACCAUACUCAAGAAUGAAAAUCAAACAGUUGACUGGGAAGAUAGAUUUUACAUGAUCACCAACCCUAUCCAUAGAAGGAAGGCUCACCUAAUCCCAGAGCUCCCUUCAUCACUUAGGGAAGCCUUGGAGUCUUACAUCUGUGAGUUGCAGAAGCUUGGCAUGACACUUUUAGGGAUGAUUGGGAAGGCUCUAAAUAUAGGCAAGGGAGAAAUGGAGGAGUUGUUUGAAGAUGGGUUGCAGUCAGUGAGAAUGACAUACUACCCUCCAUGUCCACAGCCGGAAAAGGUGAUGGGCCGUAAGGCCCAUACCGACGCCGCCGGCGUCACCAUAAUUCUCCAAAUCAAUGGCGUCCAAGGACUCCAAGUUAAAAGAGAUGGGAUUUGGAUUCCUGUCAAUGUCCUCCGGGAUGCCUUUGUUGUUAAUGUGGGAGAUGUCCUAGAGAUAUUCAGCAAUGGACUCUACAAGAGCGUUGAGCACAGGGCAACUGUGAAUUCGGAGAAGGAGAGAAUAUCCGUUGCCAUGUUUUUCAAUCAAAACUUCCAGUCAGAGGUUGGACCAGCACCCACCCUUUUGAACCCACAAAACCCUCCACUGUUCAAAAGGGUUGGAAUGGAAAGUUUUUUCAGGGAUUUCUAUUCUCGCAAUCUUAGAGCAAAUGAGGAGAGCUGAAAAUGGAGUUGACAAUACUAUGUGUGAUCAUGGUCACAUAAUGGUUCUAAGUUUUAUUUUCCUUUGUUUUGUUCUUCGCCCCCCCCCCGCGAGUGUUUCUCUCUGAUUUCUUGCUUUGAGUAUUUUUCCCGACUAGGUUUCCCCUAGUCCGGUGUCGUCCUCCCCAGGUUCUGGUCUCCCCAGGCCUGGUGAAAAUAAAGCUGUGUUGGUUUGAUUUUGUGGGUUUUGUUGGGGUUUCGUUUGUUGGUUUUGGGAUCCGGUUGUCAGAAUGCUUCCUGUACCCGCUAAGGUCACGAGGGCUUGCCAGCUAUCCUUAAUGUCGUCUUGUUUUCAUCUAGGAGGUUGAUACUCGCUGAUAAUCAAGAGAUUGCCGUGUUGAUUUGUGAA